AUGGAGGCUCGGCGGAUCCGAAUUUUCUUCUCCGAUCCUGACGCUACAGAUUCGGACUCCGGCUACGAUCCAACUUCCGACGUCUGCGCCCCCACGAAAUCAGCCGGCAAGACAGAGCUCGUGAUCUUGCAAUGCAAUAGCAGGACCAACACCAGGGCCAAGAUGAACCCUGCUGGGUGUGGUCGACCUCAAGCAAUAGGCUCGUUGGCGCUGGCUGCGGCGGGGAGCCGCGCCGUCGGGUCUGCGCCCACGGCGCGGCGGUACCGCGGCGUGUACGAGCGCCAGCCCGGCCGGUGGGCGGCGGAGUUCCGGAGCCACCGGCUCAAGGUCCGGCACUGGGUCGGCACGUUCGCCACCGAGGAGGAGGCCAAGGCCGCCUACGACCCCUUCGAGAGGCAGUUCCACUCGUCGCCGCGCUGUGGCCCGCCGCCGUCGUCGUCGAAGCGCGGCGCCAACGCCGGUGGCGUUCGCAGAGCGUCCAAUCCACCGCCAGAUGAGAAGCGGCAGAUUGUACUGGCUCUGACGACGGCGGCGACGACUAGGAUGCUGCCGCCGUCGUCGGCGGGUGCGACGGCGGCGUCCGUGUGCGUCUCCUCCUCGACGUCGGCGUCGCCGCCACCGCCGCCGCUGUUCCGGGAUGCGCGACGGCGCGAUGAUGUGCCGCGGAGACUUCAUUCGAUCUGGGCGGACGAGCCCGCUGACGAGGAUAUCGUAGGGCUAGCCGAUCUUGCGCACCUUCCAUUGCCGCGGUUCUCGGAUGUUAGCAUGGACUUUGAUCCGGCUGAUUUGUCGCUGUUUGAUAACGGAUUCUUAUGA